AUGGGUGGCUCACGGACCUUUCAGGCCCUUCUCCUUAUCCCGACUGAUGACAAUCAGCUCUAUCCGCUCACGUCGGAUGAGCUGCCACGUGUCCUCCUCCCAGUGGGAGGCCGCCCUCUUCUUUCCUACAACCUCGAGCUCCUCGAAUCGUGCAACGUUCAAUCCGUUUUACUCGUCAUCGUCGGUGCUGACUCAGCAGCCGCGUCCCGAAUCUCCGGCUGGGUAGCUCAAAAUUUUCACGAGCGGCUGCCCGGCCUCGAGAUUGCCGUCGUCUCCGAAGCCGUCGGAUCUGCCGAUGCGCUUCGGAGCAUCUUCCACCGCAUCGCCGACGUCCACGAUCUCCUCGUUCUCUUCGCCGACGUCCUGACAGACGUCCCGUUAGGCUCCGUCGCCGCCGCUCAUCGGCGGGAAGACGCCGCACUGACGAUCGUCUUUAACGACCGAGAUGGUUUAGCCGGCGGAUCAGACGGCGCCGCCGGCGGUACGGGGAGCGGAGGGGACGCCAGGUCGGGGGACAAGGGGAAGAAAGGAGGAGCCAGCGGAGGCGGAAGCGGCGGGAAAAGCGGCGGGGGCGGCGCUGAUUCCGCCGCUGCCUCCGCCGCUGCUGCUGCAGCAGGCGCAGGGGGGGGUGGCGCGGGGGGAGGGGGCGCUGCGGCCGGGAAAGCAGCUGCCGCAGUCCACGAGAGUGUGAGUCUUGCUGCUAAGGCGACGAUAGGGCCGCAUUGUAUGGUGGGCGAGGGAACUUCGGUGGGGGAGAAGAGCAGCAUCAAGCGGUCUAUCAUCGGGCGGCAUUGCCGGAUUGGAGCGCAUGUGAAGCUGGUGAACUCCGUGAUUAUGGACCAUGUGACUAUAGGCGAUGGGUGCCUGGUGCAGGGGUCGGUGGUGAGCAGCAAUGUGCUUAUGCAGGAGCGCACGAGCGUGGUUGACUGUUAUGUGGGGCCGGGAUUCGUGGUGGGUAAGGAUUAUAAGGAGAGUGAGCUGUCGAAGAAACCCAAGGCUCAGGCGGCUCAGAGUUAG